CAGGAAGACUUUGGGCUUGCAACCAGCCUGGGGGGAGGGAUGAGAACCUGGGAAAGCCUGAGCCGCGGAGUAAUCCGUCACUCCUGGGAGAUGUCUCAUUAACCCAUUAACCAGGGAGGUUAAAGACGUGCUGAGAAGGGAGAGGGGGUGGGGUAGGGGAAGCAGGGGAGGAGGAGGCUGUGCUUUGCCCAGCGCAGCGCUCGGCUCUCCGGCGGCUGGGGCUGAUCCGGGAGCGCCCCAGGAUGAAGCGGCUGGGCGAGGAGAGCUCGUCGGACACUGAGUCGGAUGGCACCAUCGAUGUGGGCAGGGAGGAGGAGUACAGCCAAGUGUCCAGGUCGGUAUCUCCCACCACAACAUUGCAGAUACAAGCCAGGAAGAAGCGGAGAGGGAUCAUUGAGAAGCGGCGUCGAGACCGUAUCAACAGCAGCCUGUCUGAACUAAGGCGUUUAGUCCCCACGGCCUUUGAAAAACAGGGCUCCUCCAAAUUGGAGAAGGCAGAGAUCCUGCAAAUGACAGUGGAUCAUUUAAAAAUGCUUCACGCUACUGGAGGAACAGGGUUCCUAGAUGCCCGAGCCCUGGCGGUGGAUUACAGAAGUAUCGGCUUCCGCGAAUGCCUCACUGAAGUUGUCAGGUACCUUGGUAUCCUUGAGGGACAAAAUGCCGCUGAUCCAAUCCGACUGCGACUGCUGUCCCACCUGAAUAAUUAUGUUGCUGAAAUGGAGCCUUCGCCUGUGGCUGCUUCCUUUCUGCCCUUUCAGCUUUGGCCAUGGUCCUUCCUUCACACGUCCAUGGUGCCUGCAAACCGGGUGCCCAUACCAAGAAGGGAGGCUGCCCCUGGUCCAGCUGUUUUGACUGCUUCUGCCCUGGCUUAUCCAAGUGCCGGUAUGAGACCAGCUCCCGUUCGCCGAAUCCCUAGUGACAUCGCGCCAACUCGCCGAAGCUUCCUGUCCAACAGGAUAGCUUCUUCAUCCCGGAGGGUUAGACACGCAGUAGUGCCAGCCACCCCCAGUGCCAUGUCGGGUGUGCCAUCGCCACCCGGUGCCUUGAGAGAGACAACAUCCCGGACCACGCAGAUAGCAACGUUCCUGCUCUCCCCCGCGGCAGCUGGCAUCCCUAUACCACCCGCUUACACAACUCCUCCAGCGCUGAGUGCUUCUGUCCAGGGCCCAGGAAGCAGAGCGGGAACGUCCAGACUCUGCCGCUCUUGGGCCACUGAAAUUGGAGCUUUCUGAUCCUUCCUCUGUUAGGAGACAAAUAUCCUCAGCUACCACUGCUUGGACUUUUAAGAGCCAGCCCAGCUGAACAGGCAUCUUCCCUGCUUUGCAGAAAUAAGGGCUCCAUGAACAUCCUCCCAUCUCAUUCCUGACACCAUUGUCCCUCCCUCCACCUUUUUCCCACUCUUACAUUUCAGAUGUGCGGCCGUUCUGUUGGACCCAAUGAAUUUGCGGACAGCUCCAUCUUAUGCACUACUGGUUAUUAUGGCUGAGGUUUAUACAGACAUUCUCAUUCAGGCCUUGCCUUUUCUCCAGCAGAGGCCCUCAGUGGAAAUGAAUGCUGCAGUCUGGAAAAUAUAAUGCAGCCCUGGAACUGAUUCCUAUAUUUUUGGAGACUCGAAACUCCCGAGCAGUGACCUGUUCUGAUGCUGAUUUCCUGGGAAUCUUCUCCCUAUGGUCCCACCAUGGUUUUUGACCUAAGUAAGGAGAGAAGUGUAAGAAAGUAGCAGUGAUGAGCCUCUCUUCUUGUGACCUAAAGUGACUUUGGAGAACUGAAUCCACCCCCUUUUUAGGACUGCCAUCAGCAGUCACAACCAUUUGAAGAUACCUUUCCCAUUUGCUAAUUCCCCCGCUUUUCCUCCACAAGGAUGCAGAGUUUGCCACUGCUCAUCAUAAGCUCCUUCCAAAUGCAUUCCCUCCACCCCAUGGAGUUAGAUAAAAGCAUGACAGAGCUACUGCCCCAUGUCUCCGAGUUGAAAUACCACGAUCCCUGUGAUGCAUCUCCAUUGCGUGGGCUUGUUCCAGCACAGGACGUCUUACUACUGGACACAUUCGAGAGCUGGUGCAUCCCCCACUACCAUGUACAGCCCGCCUCUACCUUCUCCCAGCACUUCCCCAAGCUAGGACCUUUUCCAGCGUCAUCCAUGUACUCGGUUCAUAUCGAAAUGAAUCUGGUGCUGAGAAUGGAUUGAUUUCAGGAGGUUGCGUUAGAUACUACAGUGCAAAAUGUCCCAGCUAGGUACUGUAUGGGGCUGCCAAGCAAAGAACGCAGAUCUGAAGGAGCGAGGCGCUGGCUCUCCAGAGUAAGAAUACACCAGAUCUUGCUCAGGAUGACAGGAAGAGGGCAGAUUUUCAGUGACACCUGUCAGGCAAGGAUGAUGGAGGCAAAAAGAUGCCUUUUCUUCCCCCCUCCCUCUCCCCUUUAGCAACAUGAAAAGCUGUUACCAAAAAGGGAGAAGGGGGAGACAGGGUUAUAUACCAGUUUCUUAGUAGCAGGCCCUUUUACUGUACUUUCUUUCCUGUUUUUCCAACCCAUCUCCUUUUUUUUUAUUCGAAUGUCUUAAUGCCUGCCUUAUGAAUCAACCCUGUCUCUGGGCUGCAUCCCAAACCCAGUGGUAGUCGUUCCAGGCACUUCAGUGAGCUUUAGGUCAGACCCCGUGCUCUUGUCUUCUGUAUCCUGAAAGCUUUCUCUGCCCUUUUCUCUCUGUGUCCCUAUAUAAUUGCCAGGGUUAUUGCUCUCUUUGUCAUUGUCUGUGCAUUCUGUUCUAGUUGCUGUUCUCAGGCUGGUCUGUUCCACUUCCAACUCUUCUGAUGUGUAGGGGUGUUUAGAGGCAGUAUGCACCAGUAGUUAGGGGCCUGGACUUGGCUUCAGCGGGCAUUGUGCUCUCUCCCCAGCUCAGUCUGCUGUGACUUGGCCUGAGUCACAUCACUUCUUUGUGCCUCUGUUUCCCCCUCUCUAAAACAGAGAUAAUAAAUAGUGCAUCCAUCUUUUUUGUAAAGAGUUUUGAUAUCCACAGAUGCAAAACCCUCUGGAAGAGUGAGGUGCUCUCACAUCCUGCUGAGAUCAGACAAGAAAGGGCCCUUGCAAGCAGCUGCCCUGAAUGAGUGCAGGAAGCAGAAGCAGUGGGAAUGGCCGUGGUAACCAGAUGGCCCUAGACGCGUUAAAACCAGGACCUCAGUUCCUACAGGAUGUGUUGGGAUCCUGGGGCUUGCCUUCCCAACAAGAUGUCUGUCAUGCAGCCACAAGCUGUCUACCACCCAUGGGGAGCUUCUGACAGCCAUACCCUUCUGCAUAUAAAGUGAAAAGUGGGCAGCGAGGGUCCUAUUAUGCCUGGAAGUGGAGGCAACCAGAUGCACCUGAAAACAAAACAGGAACCUUCUUCCCUGAAACUGCUUGUCUCUAAAUGUGUGCAGAGGCUGGUAGUGGUAGGGGCUCAUUUUAAGGCAGCUUCAUCACAUCCCUGGGAGUCUAAUGUGGUCAGCAGGUACGAACACAGAAAGAGGAGCAGAAAAAUAGGGACAAGGAGAAUAGGCAGGAAGGUCUUAUUAACGGACUGCACGCUUCCCUUCCCAAAGAUCGAACAACUGGGUGGCUGCAUAUUGCCCAAGUGGCUUAUUGAUAGAGGCGUGUGCCUGCCCUGUGCGCAUUACCAGUGUGUGUCAGAUUUUGGGGGGAUGUGAAUGGUGCCCAAUUCUUUUGAUGAAAGACACUGAACUUAAUACAAAUGAGUGUCUCCGGUCCACGCCCUCCCUCGUUUCCUGAUGUGGCAGAGCCAGCAGGGAUGAGAGAUUCCUGUCUGAUAAAGUCAGAGAAGGUCCCCGGGGACUGAGCACUGCUGGAGCUAGGUUGCACAUUAGAGCUUGCCAUGCGAAAGUAGCCUUGCCUCACUUUGCACUGUGCAGAGCUGUUAGAUUUGCAAGCUGUCAGACACCUAGCAAAGGUGUCAAAUAAAGUCUUUCAAACCCA